AGACGGACGGUAACCGGAGGGUAACCGGAUGGUAUGUAACUGACAGGCGGCAGCGCUGCUCGGAACAAAACGAACUUUUCCCACACUGAACCACGUUUAUCGUUAAACGGAGGAUUUCUUCACUUUCUGCCACUAAAACCGGCGGGUUGAACUGGUCCGAACCGGUUCUCGCUGCUCCGGCUGUUGCUCCCCGCGGCUGUUUGUUGACGGAGGUCAGCGGCUCUCCGCCUCCGAUCCGACCAGAUGCUCUCCCCGAGCAGGACCGUCUCCUCCCGGCUGCUGAGGACCGGCUCGUGGCUCCCUCUCUGGCUGGGCUCCGUGCGGAGCGCCGCCAGCUCCCUGCAGAAAGAGUUGAUCAAGAAACGUGAACUGGAGAAGGAUGAGCUCCGCCCCCUUUACAUGGACUUCCAGGCCACCACUCCCAUGGACCCACGGGUGCUGGACGCUAUGCUGCCGUACCAGGUGAAUUACUACGGCAACCCGCACUCCAGGACUCACGCCUACGGGUGGGAGAGCGAGAGCGCCAUGGAAACGGCCAGGAAGCAGGUGGCUGAUCUGAUCGGAGCUGAUCCCAGAGAAAUCAUCUUCACCAGCGGAGCGACCGAGUCCAACAACAUGGCCAUCAAGGGUGUCGCCAGGUUCUACCAGGCCAAGAAACGUCAUGUGAUCACCACGCAGACCGAACAUAAAUGUGUCCUGGACUCAUGUCGAAUUCUGGAGUCUGAAGGAUUCAGUGUCACCUACCUGCCGGUCCGGACAGAUGGACUACUGGACCUGGAGCUGCUGGAGGCCUCCAUCCGUCCAGACACAUCUCUGGUGUCGGUGAUGACCGUCAACAACGAGAUCGGAGUCAAGCAGCCCAUCAAGGAGAUCGGGAAGAUCUGUCGCUCUAAAGGAGUCUUCUUCCACACCGACGCUGCUCAGGCCAUCGGGAAGAUUCCCCUCAACGUCUCCGACUGGAAGAUUGACCUGAUGUCCAUCAGCGGCCACAAGAUCUACGGACCCAAAGGUGUUGGAGCUCUGUACGUCCGUCGCCGGCCAAGGGUUCGUCUGGAGCCGCUGCAGAACGGCGGCGGUCAGGAGAGGGGUCUUCGCUCCGGCACCGUGCCCACCCCGCUGGCUGUAGGUCUGGGAGCCGCCUGCAGCAUUGCCCAGCAGGAGAUGGAGUAUGAUCAUCACCGAGUGUCGAUGCUCGCUAAUCGUCUGGUGCAGAAGAUCAUGUCAGAGAUUCCUGAUGUCAUCAUGAACGGACAUCCAGAACAACGCUAUCCUGGCUGUGUCAAUCUGUCCUUUGCCUAUGUGGAGGGAGAGAGUCUGCUGAUGGCCCUGAAGGAUGUUGCUCUGUCGUCUGGGAGUGCCUGUACGUCAGCAUCUCUGGAGCCGUCGUACGUCCUCAGAGCGAUCGGAGCAGAUGAAGAUCUGGCUCACUCUUCCAUCAGGUUUGGUAUCGGCAGGUUCACCACAGAGGACGAGGUUGACUACACAGCAGAGAAAUGCAUCCAGCAGGUCCGCAGACUCCGAGAGAUGAGUCCUCUGUGGGAGAUGGUUCAGGAAGGCAUCGACCUGAAGAGCAUCAAGUGGACGCAGCAUUAGUCUCCUCCCACUCCGAUGAAGGUUCCCAGGACUCCUGGGGACUGACCAGCUUCUUCUUCCUGUACACAAACACGCACAAACUUCCUAUCCGACUUGAAGUCUGUCUGUAGCUGUAGCUCUGUCUCUGUAGAAGUUCCUCCGCUUGCUCUGUCAGGAGACAUUGCUCAGUCAGUUGACCAACGCACAGCAAUCUCCGCUUGUUGUAUUUGUUCUGUUGUGCAUCAGUCUGUUGCCCAACAAGUGACUCGUGUGUCUUCAGUGAAAAGUGUCACACACCAUUGAUUUGUCAGAGAUGCGAAUUGACAGUUGUGGGUGAAACGCAAAAAUAUUCACUCGUUGCUUCAAAAUUGACGGUGGAUUUGGAUCGACCGAACAUCACCUGCAGACAGAGAUUUAGGACCAAGUUCUCACAGCUGCAGUAACUCAGAACACGACAGGAACACACCAGCCGGCGACAUGUAAAGGUGCCAUUUAUGAAUAAAGUUUACUGAGGAAAAACACACACAUUUAAAUGAAAAGGGAAAAAAAUCAACUUGACUGACUGAAGAAGAGAACCUUUGAGUCUCUCUAUUGUCUGCUCACAUCACUGCGCAGUGAUUCACUGCUUCCACCAAACUCUGACCUGCAUCAGCUCGUAAAACGUGACAAACUGGGAAUAGUACUUUUUUGAUAAUUUCCCACAGUCGCUGCAGUGUUUCCUUUAGUCAGCUCUGUUUGGGUUCCUGGAUUCACUGAUGAGUGGUUUCAUGAAGUUGCUUAGCUCUCAGUUCAUUCAUUCAGCUCUGAGCAUGUUCACAUAAAAACAGGAGUUUUUCUUUAUAACCAGCCACAGGCAGCGUCAUCAGAACCACGAGUGACAGUUUGUAAUAUGAGAAUAAACAGGAAACUUACAUGACUGAUAUCUGAUGAGACGUGUCAGAAAUAUUCACAUAAGUUUGACUUUAUAAUUUACUGAGCUGGUUAAGAGCAUGUUGGAUUAUUAAGCAUCAAUAAUUUAUCUGUUUAGUAAAAAUUGGUUUUAAACACGGAUGUUUCCUCUCUCUGAUCUGAUUAUCAUGAAAAGAUUCGUGAUUCUAUUGAUCUAUAAAAUGCAUCUUUGUUAAUGAGUCAGCAGUGAGGUUGUUGACAGGUUUUGAUUUUACAGCUUCUGAAUUUUAAUCUCCUGUAAAAUGAGAUUGGUGUGUAAGCGGAUAUGUCAGGACUAAGGUCAGAGUGUUAGUGUCGUCACUGGGGUUCUGUUUAACCUGCUAAGUCACCGUGGUAACUGAUGCUGCACAGCUAAGUCACCAUGGUAACUGAUUCUGCACAGCUAAGUCACCAUGGUAACAGAUUCUGCACAGCUAAGUAACCAUGGUAACUGAUGCUGCACAGCUACAUCACCAUAGUAACUGAUGCUAAGCAGCCAGAUCACCAUGGUAACUGAUGUUAAGCAGCCAGAUCACCAUGGUAAUUGACGCUAAGCAGCUUGGUCACCAUGGUAACUGAAGCUAAGCAACUAGAUUACCAUGGUAACAGAUGUUGCACAGCCACAUCACCAUAGUAACUGAUGUGAUGCAGUUAAAUCACCAUGGUCACUGAUGCUAAGCAGCUAGAUCACUAUGGUAACUAAUGCCUCACAGCAGCAAAACCAGAUGCGUUCGUCUGGUUUAACUGCAGAAAAAGCAAAGAUAUGUCUUUGUAUCUGGCCCUUAUUCACUACCAAGUCUGUUUUACCCUGCUGGUUCUGCAGCUAAUAGAAGACAGGUUAGAAAACUGAUCACUCUGUUGGUAUUUAGCACGGAGAAUAUUCAAUAACUAACUUUAAUUUCACGUAAAUUUGUCCAAAAACUAAAAUCAUUGAAACAUCUUCUUCAUUAUGGGACAGAGUCACACCUAAAUGUUUACAUUUGAAUAACUGAAGUUUAAAGUUUCAGAGCUCUAAUGUGCAGCUGAGUCACUGAGUGGGAAAAUAAAUAUAUUAACUUACAGCUUUAAUAGUUUUCCACCAGCAUUCAUCUCCAGUAUAACAACCUGUUUACGUAGGCGGCACGGCAUUGGUCCAUUUUGUGCAGGAGAAGAGUCACGUGAUGUUUAAAACAUUCCUUUAAUGGAAAAACUGGUUGUCAAUGGAAGUUAUUUACAACCGUCUGAUAUCUGUUAUCUCUGAUUCAGGCUUUGUUGAACCAGCUAACACAAAGACAGUCUGGAUAUGUUGAACUUGCUUCAUAGUGCAGCCCUCUGUUACCAUGGUGAUGAUGGCUUCAUGAUACCACAAAACUUAAACUAAACCCCGAAAAUGGCCACUAAACUGCUGAUCUCACUGUGGGAUCUCGUCAGCAGCAUUUCCAGUGGUUAAACCCGAACAACGUGCAGCGUUUCUUUCCCUGUGGUUUACCGGGAUGUGAUGAUUCGCCUCAUGAUCCUUUAAGUCGGAACUUUUCACUCGAUUCGCGUCUCCUGCACUGUUUUCAUGUUAUUCUCCGUCUGUCUAACUCUUCAGUCUUCUCUUCACGUCAGUGUUUUAUCAGCAUGUCGGUGAAAUGUUCAUCUCAACAGUGUUAGCAGCAGCAGUUUUCUGUCAAACUGCAAAAAAAACUAAAGUCUUCUGUCACAAGUCUGAAGUGGAGGAUGGAAAUUUGAAGAUGAUCCUGAAAGUCUGACAACAAAAAAAGAGAGUUGUUUGAUAAAUGUGGGGUGGACCACACUACUUUGUGUUCCUAGAUGUAUUUUAAGCCUCAUAUUUAUUAGCCUGCAGCUUCUUCUCCUGUUACUCGUCACUACACAUUAGUAUCCAAUAAAUCGCUGCUUCAUGGUUAUGCAAUCAA